UGGUCCUUAGAGUUGGUAUAAACAUGGCCAGAUGGUAUCGGCCUUGCCUGAUGGACUCUAAUCAGGCAAGAUUUUACAGUUGAACGGCGCAGGAUCAAAACAAGGCCAUUAAAAGUUGGACUCUUCCUGGAGUUCAAAGGGACCCUGUUGCUUUCUAUUUAGGAACUCACGAGUCUUGCAGUCAUAAAGCAACAACAUAAAGCAAGCUCCCAACUCUAGUUCUUCGGGCAAUUCAUCCAGGCUGCCCCCUGCAAGCUGCUCGGCCCACCAGAUCUGCACUGGGGAGUGCGUUAAACACGGCUGUGGAAUGAUGGGGUGGAGGACGCCAUAGACACCUGGCCCUAUGACAAGAAAAUUACCAAAGAAAUGGAUGACUUCCUGCAAAAAUUGAGGCAGAAGAUCAAAAUCGGAGUGGUAGGCGGUUCGGACUUUGAGAAAGUGCAGGAGCAACUGGGAAAUGAUGUGGUUGAAAAAUAUGAUUAUGUGUUUCCAGAAAAUGGCUUGGUAGCAUACAAAGAUGGGAAGCUCUUGUGUAAACAGAAUAUUCAAAGUCAUCUGGGUGAGGCCUUAAUCCAAGAUUUAAUCAACUACUGUCUGAGCUACAUUGCGAAAAUUAAACUCCCGAAGAAGAGGGGUACUUUCAUUGAAUUCCGGAAUGGGAUGUUAAACGUGUCGCCAAUUGGAAGAAGCUGCAGCCAAGAAGAACGCAUUGAGUUCUAUGAACUCGAUAAAAAGGAAAAUAUAAGACAAAAGUUUGUAGCUGAUCUACGGAAAGAGUUUGCAGGAAAAGGCCUCACGUUUUCCAUAGGAGGCCAGAUCAGCUUUGAUGUCUUUCCUGAUGGAUGGGACAAGAGGUAUUGCCUGCGACAUGUGGAAAAUGACGGUUAUAAGACCAUUUAUUUCUUUGGAGACAAAACCAUGCCAGGUGGCAAUGACCAUGAGAUCUUCACAGACCCCAGGACCGUGGGCUACUCCGUGACAGCGCCUGAGGACACACGCAGGAUCUGUGAAGAGCUCUUCUCCUAACGCGGGAGCAGGAGGGUGGGGUCCUGGCUGAGAAGCCAGCAUGGGGCAUUUGGUGGCCAGAGCCGAGGGUCCUCCCACACGUGCUCACCCACCCGCAGCCCAGCCAGGCUCUGCAUCCUUUGCCAGGCACAUGCAGUCUGGACCUCCACCCCUGGCGUGCCUUGCCUCCAUCUCCAGUGCCAGAAGCUUCCAGAAGGAAGGAGAAAACUAUUGUCAAGAAUGGUUCAGAGGAAUACCUCCCACAAAAGGUCUUCCCCACCCACCCUCAGCCCCCAAUCUAAUACCCUGAUACGUGCAAUCAUGUGGUUUUGGCGGAAAUUUCCCCAUAAUUCUAGGAUGAUACAGAAAGGAAAAAUGUGCCUGGACCCUCCCUCUUGGUGGGUCUGUGGAAUCGUAAGUGGUUUUUUAAUGGACCCCUGCAUCAGCACCAACAGUGGGGGUUUGGUAAUGAGAAACAAUGACAGGCCAUCUGCAGUGACCCACCCCAGGACAAAAUUGACAAACACCUGGAACGAAGCUCCCACCUGCAUGUCACCUUGAUGGGGACUGUGAGCAGGGCAGUGUUAUGCCCAGUGACUAGACGCACCUUGCGUUUUCCCGUGUGAGGCUGAGGCCUGCUGGACAGAUGGCUGGCCGAGUGGGAGCAGACCCUAGGGAGUUUGCACCUCAGCUGGGCCGGAGAGUUGAUGCUGGCAAAACAGUCACCCGGGUCCAGAGAAACCAAUGUGGGAUGUCAGACUUCAUCAAAACGACCUUCUGGUUGGCCCUGGCUGGCUUCCCAGAGGCGUUGGCCUCUAGUUUCUCAGGGAUCAAGCAAGAGCCUGGCCAGGGAACAGGAAGAGGAGCUGCUCUCCUAUCUGCGCCCACCCAGGCCCUCACCCAGAUUUUACAACUGAGGGGGCCGAGUGCAGCUGCAGCCAGGUCCGCGUCCCUCACUCUUUCUACCUUCUGCACCUUCUUUGUGAAACUGGAAGGAUCCCAGGCCUCAGCCAGAACACGGUAGAAGAGAACUUUCCUAGGAAAACGGUUCAUGUGUCACUUUUCAGGAUGUGGAAACGCUGGGACCCAUAGACCCUCCAUUGCUUGGUGCUGGGGCUGUGUGGCCUCACUGGGCACUGAAUCUGAGGCCAGGGGGGCUCAGACUGCCCUGCAUUCCUGCCUCCCAGCCCACAGCCAGGCGCUUUCAUCACAGCUCAACCUGGUUCCCUCCAAACCUCCCAGCCACUCGGCCUUGCAGCUCUCUUGAGCUCCGGAUCCGGUGGGGUGAAAGCAGCCAGCUCCUCAUCUCGGUGACUUGCAGGACACGGCCAUCCAGUGGCAUCUUUCCUUGUUGAAUGUUGCAAAUGAUACGGUAAUGACCUUCCAAAAUGGUUAGUACAUUAAAGUGAUUUUAUUUCCUAUUUCU